AUGCCGUCGACCAUCGAGAAACUGUGCGCCAACAACAUUAUCGUUGUCCGUCCGUGCCCGGUGAAUUUUUCACGGGUGUCCCUCGGCCGUUUUACGGGCAAAUUAAAAACGCCCAUGAAAACAGUGUCGGCAUGCGAAGGCGGCUGUGAACGUUGUCACAGCACGCGUGACGAUACCGCGCGACGGGCGCCCGAGCUCCUCACGGCGAGCGUCCGGGUUCCCGGGGUCGUCGAGGGUUACCGGGCGAGCGGACGCAACGGCGGAAAAUUAAUACGUCGGGUUUGCGAUCGAAUUUCAAGAACAAGACCCGCGCCGCCGCGUAACCGCGCAACGGUAAUUACUCGCGCGACCGACGGGGAAAUUGUUCCCCCCCCCCACCCCCACUCUCAAUCUUUAUAUUGAAUCGAUUUCUGUUAUCUUUUAUCCCCCUCGACGUACAUAUAAAAACGUCGUUAUUGGGCAUUUUCUCGAACCAUCGUUUUCCGCGGUAUCGCGACACAUACUACGUCAACGAGAACGUGUAUCGUUUUACUUUACGCAACGUUUUUUUUUUUUUUUUUCCCAUACACAAAUCGAUCUCAUCGUCACGGAACGUCACUCCGCCUUUUGAUGUUGUAUUUUUCAGUCAUUACGGAAAGUAUCUACUCAAGUGCCUCCUGUACCAGGAAUUCCUAUACGCUGUACGGUAUAGUAAUACGGCGACUGAAAAUGAAUACGUUUCACUUGCGCGUAUUAAAAAAAAAAAAAAAAGUCGUCUUUCUCGACGAAACGUACAAAAGGUUUUUUUCCCCUCUAAAACCCCAAGAUCCCGGAGAAUAUUAGACGAUUUUGUGUUGUAAUUUAUCAUUAUUACCGAUCUAUCUAUCUGUUAUUAUCAUUAUCAUUCGUUAAUGUUAAACUUUAUACAUUUUUUGCUAUACCAACGGUGGUAAAGAUAAAAAAAAAAAAAAACCAUCAAAUACGCAAUUAUAAUAACAAAUACCCAACGGAUUAGCAAAUAAUGUAACGACCCGGAGUCGAAUUUUUUCGAAGGGCGUCGUAGUGUUAUUUCCAUUGUGUAUUGGUAUUGCUAGAAAAACGAUAAGACAACGGAUAUUUAUGCGGAAUAAAAAACCCGAAAAAUGUAAUUUAAAAAAAAUAUAAUAUUAUAAGGGUUCGCACCUCGGGGACCUAACCUUGGGCGUCGUCGACGUGUGUCGACUCUAACAGCCUGUCCGGCUGGUUAAGAGGACGUUAUACCCGCAUCUACCGUCUCGGUCUACUACCGGGUAACAUACAAAAACAAUCCUUACGCGGAACAAGUAAAUCUAGCUUGAUUUUGACUUUAGAAUAAGAGUACCUAUUAUGAAAUGUAUUGAGUACGAUAUUUUGCAGGAAACGUCAUAGGUGUUUUUUUGAAUUACGGUUCGUUAAAAAUGUCACAGUUAUUCGAAGAAGAAAAAAAAAACAACAAACGGUUUUUGUAUCUUUUAUAUCGAACUGUAUAUUUCGGAUAACACGAAAACCCUGGGACGUUCCCACCGAAAUGUCGUUCGCUAUAAAUUUCACAGCAUGCACUUUUCCUCUAAUAUCAAAACUGGGCUAGUUUCACUUAUUCUGCAUUGUUUUUGCGUGUCACCCGGUAGUUGGACUGAGACGGAGUAGAUGCGGGUGUACAACGUCGGACUUGGAGUCGUUAGUCUGGAGGUGUCUACGUCAUACGUGAAACGCGGGAGCAAAGGGGCCGAAACGGAAUAUUGUGUAGUCAUCAGUCAGAGCCGUUAGAUGGGGUGGAAGACUUUUAAAUCCCCUCUGUCGUUUUCGCUAGCGGUGUUUCUUUUUCAGGGCUUUUUCGCUGGUUCCGAGUGCGUGUAAAUCCGUUUCCCGGCGACACGAUGUUUUAAUAACGCGCUAAUGAAUAUCACUCCAAAAAUACAAGUACAGCGAUUAUUUUAAAAAACGGCACAGACACGAAAGAAUAGAGCUCUGGCAUUUGGUCGUGUCGGAUAAUAUUAUCAUAAUAUUCUGCCGGCGUCUUUUGUUAUGAUAAUUUUAUGCGUUAAAUAAUUCGGUAGUUUUUCUAAUUCAAACUAUCCGCUUCGUCGGCGUCAAAUGCACCAUAUAGGUAGUGUUACUAUAAAGUUGUUGUGGGUGCGACGAGUUGUGAAUUUCGAAUUUAUUGAUUAUCUCGCAGCCAACUGUGUAAACGCGUAUACGGAGUAGGACACGAUAAACUAUUCACCCUCCCCCAUUAUAACAUACUACUGUAGUAAGGUACAUACAUAAUGGUAUGUGAAUAAUUAUUUUUGAAUUCGCGUUAAAAGCGUUGGCUUUGGAAAAUCACAAUUUGUUUUAAUAUUAUUACGCUUUGUCUAUCGUAAAAACGGGCCGAGUACGCGGCAAACAAACGCCGUUAUUAGUACAGUGGUUUAAUAUAUUUUGUUUCAGUAUAGAUACAAGCCAGCUCGCGAACAUUUUUACCGGGCAAUUUGAAAAUACUAACACCGUAUACUUACGCAGAGGUGCGCGCACCGACUUUUAAUUAGAAUCAUGUGAACACUUAUCAACGUGUCGCGUUUCACCAACGGCCAAUCGAAUUUCGACGUACACGUUUUAACGCGUCACGUUGAUAUUGCAUUUUAAAAUAUGCAAGGGGAUUGGCUGUCGGUCUUUUCGGCGUUUUCUUCAAUUUUUGUAUAAUUCGAAAUUUCUUCGAUUGAUUAUGUAACUAUUGAAACUAUUAUAAUUGAAUAUUAUCAUAUUUCAAUAACAAGGCGGACGGCGAUUACCACAAUGUACUUAACUUAUAACUAAUAAUUACACAAUAUACUCACUUUACUUCGGUAUUUUAAUCUUAACAUUGUUUCACGCGUUAUACUGUAGUACGCCAUCAUAAUAUCAUAACCAUUGAUUAAAAUAUAACGCUAUUGAUUUAUCAAUAUUUCAGUCUAGAGAAAAGAGUUUUCUGCAAGACUGCCAAAAGACACUCUGUUGUCGGCACCGUUAAAGAUUUUAGAUGUGCCUGCAAAUGUGACGGUCUGAUAACUUUGGACGGAGUAGUGGCCAUGAAAGAUCCACAAAAACCCCACACGUUCGUAAGGAUCGUUUGCCCAAAUGCGCCCCCCAGCAAUAAAUGUGAAAGGAAAAAAUCGAAAUAA